GUGUUCUAAUAUACUUGCUCACGACCUGAUUGCAUUUAAUUACAAUAAGUUACUUCCUCCUUUUAGCAAUACAAUUUUUUUUCGCAAGUCAUUAAUACUCUAAAUACUUUCUUUAAGGAUUAUAAAUCACAUCUCAAAUAUCUCAAUAAUUAGUAUGUAGCAAGAUUAAUCUUAAGUAAGGCUCGUUUACAUCUCUUCUUAUGUUGUUAUUUUGUCUUUCAGAACCAACAUGGGACGAGGCAGAAACUGUUACAUGGCUACACUUGGAAACAAUGGAUUCAUUCUCUUUUGCUCCUUGUUUUUGGCAGGAUAUUUGGUUCAUGGUGCUACACCUUACGACUAUUCGGCAACGAUAGAGUGCCUCAAGCAACCAUUGGAUCCUCAAUAUGAAGGAGGUUUAAUUGCAAAUCCUGGUUUUGAUAAAGGCAUAGAAGCAUGGAAUAUAGAUGGUCGUGUAAAAAUUGAAACAAGGGAAUCUGGUGGAAACAAAUUUAUUGUGGCUUAUAAUAGGACCACGCCUUAUAGUGUCUCACAAUCUUUUUACUUGAAAGAAGGCCAAUUUUACGCGUUUUCAGCUUGGGUUCAAUUAAGUGAAGGAUCAGAUAUUGUGGUUGCCAUGAUUUAUAACGAAGUCCAGAAAACUGUUACUACUGUGGGAUCGGUAAUAGCUAAAUCUGGUUGUUGGUCUAUGAUUAAAGGUGGACUCACUGUUGAUCAAAAUGCACCUGCAGUACUACAUUUUCAGUGCAACAACACCAAGUCCGAGUUGAGGGUUGAUAGUGUUUCUCUGAAAGAAUUUACCAAGUCCGAAUGGCAGGAAAAUCGGUUGAAAAAUACAGAGAAGGUUCGGAAGAGAACAUUCAGAGUAACUGUGGCAGAUAAGAAUGGCAAGAAAAUACAAGGAGCAAAAAUCAAGAUUGAACAAAGAAAACUUCAAUUCGUAAUUGGCUGCGCGACACCAGCUUCCAUUUUAAUGUCCAAAUCCUAUCAAAAAUGGUUCGUGUCCAGGUUCACCACAGCAGUUUUCGACAACGAGAUGAAAUGGUACUAUGUUGAAGGAUUACAAGGUCGCGAAAAUUAUAGUACCCCUGAUGCCAUGCUCAAAUUCUUUGAAGAUCAUGGGAUUGAUGUAAGGGGACAUAACAUCCUAUGGGGAGCAGGAACUAUCCAACGUUGGGUAAAAGACUUACCACCAAGACAACUUUUAAGUGAAUCUGUACGACAUAUGGGUAGCGUUAUGUCAAGAUAUGCAGGUAAAUUGGUUGCUUGGGAUGUGGUAAAUGAGAAUUUACAUCACCCACUUUUUGAGAACAAACUUGGGAAAAAUGCAUCGGCUAUCUUUUACAAGAUUGCAAGCUCACUAGACAGUAGAGCCACUAUGUUCAUGAAUGAAUUCAACACUUUAGAGCACCCUGGUGAUAUGGUUUCUAUACCUUCCAAAUAUGUUGAAAAGCUACAGGAGAUUAAGGCAUUUCCAGGGAAUGAGGAGUUGGUGAUUGGAGUUGGACUUCAAGGGCAUUUUGAUAGCCGUCCUAAUAUACCAUAUGUUCGUGCUGUCUUCGAUGUGUUAGGAGAAACGAAAAUGCCCAUUUGGCUCACCGAGCUAAAUGUUGAGUCCUGUCCCAAACAGGCUUAUUUUUUGGAAGAAAUUAUGAGGGAAGCGUUUGCGCAUCCUGCUGUGAAAGGGAUGAUGAUAUGGAUAGGAUGGACGCCAGAUGAAUGCAAUGAAAUGUGUCUGCUAAAUAGCAAAUUGCAAAAUUCGCCAUCAGGGGAGGUUGUUGACAAGUUACUUGCUGAAUGGAAGACAACAAAAUUGAAGGGUAUUUCAGGCAAUUCAGGAUCUUUUGAAGUUAAGCUCUUCCAUGGGGACUAUGAUGUCACAGUUUACAAUCCUUACACUGGUGCCAAUGUCACAAAGGAAGUGCAGGUCUAUGAUGACAAGUCUGAAACUAUGGAUGUUUCGAUUACUCUGUGAAUUCAUCUUCCACAUGCCACUGAAGAUUAGAAUUGAGAAGAAAAAAUCAACUUUAAUUAUUAAGAAAAUAAGUAGCACGAAUACUCUAUGUGCUUAUGUUGAUGUUUCCAUGACGAUAGACAUUGUUUUUAUGUAUCACGUGUAAGUAUUGAGAAGAAAAUAUCUGUAUUCUGCAUUAAAAUUCUAUGUCUAUAAGAUACUUAUAUGCAGCUAUUUUUACCACUAAUUAAGAUUUUAUAUGCUGAAGCGCUACUAAAUACAAGAAAACCCGCCACCAUUUUUUACACAAGAUUAUUGU